AAUCCAUUCCUUGGAUGCGAAUUGAAUUUAAAAUCUUAACCAUAGAAACGGAAGCAAAUUUCAAGAAGAGAAGGAGGAGAAGGAGUAUCUGAAACUUUUCAAAAGGAAAAGGAUGGGGUUGCUCGAAUUGUCUAAAUUCAAGCUCCAGCUCCGAUACCUAAUCACCGAAGUUCGAGACCUCAGAGAAAGGGAACGCUCAGCAACCGAACAGCUCCAUCAUCAAAUUCAGAAGCAAAAGCAAACUGAGGAGGAACAGGGCAGAAAGUUACAGGAACUACAAACAGAGUUUGCUCUGUCCAAUGAACAGCGGCAAAAACUUGAAAGGCAGGUAAGUUACCUUCAAAAUGACAAUACUUUACUCGAGAACAAGCAGAAAGAAUUGAACGGAACCAUACAGAGCUUGCUUCAAUCGAGGGAAGUUUUCAUCAAUGCUUAUGAGGAAUCUACUUAUGAACUGAAACGCUCAGUUGAAUGCAGGGAUAGAAGGCUCACUGUCCUAUCUGAGAAGAUAAAGUCUCAUUUAUUAUUAUUUGAUUCAAUAGAAAAGGAGGCAUUUUCUAUCAAGCAAGUCAUCAAUGAUGUGCAAUGCCUAGUGAAUGAAAAAGAGGAAGUAGUUGCUGCCUUAAAGAGCAAAAUGGAUAAGCUGCUUGCAUUUGAAAAAGUUUUUGUUGAAAAGAUCUCUGACCUUCAAAAUAAACGUAAGAAUGACAAGGACGAGUUACGAAGAAAGGAUAGAAUCAUUUCAGAGCUAGAUGCACAUCUUGAGGCAGCAAGAACUAGCAACAACCAUCAAAAUCAAAUACAAGAGCUUCAGAAAACCCUAUCAGCAAAGGAUGUUGUCAUACAGAAUUUAAUUUCGGAAAAAGAGGCACUGCACAUUGAACUGGGGACUGUAAGCAUUAUCUUACAAAAGAUUCAGGAUGUUGUUACAAAUAUCCAUGAAGAGGAUAAAAGGGAAUUUUCAUUGAUACUCAAAUGCCAAGAAGGACGUGACACUGUUAUAAAGAAGGAAAAUAAUGGGACUGAAGAUUUGCCUCAAAGUAAGAUAGAAAAAUUUCCAGAUAAGGUCUCUGAUACCGGCAAGGAAAAUACAGCUUCACUUCUAUCUGAGGAGUACAAAAAAGUUGGCGGUCCCUUACAGGAUCAAAAUACCAAUGGCUCCUGUAUGUCAGAGCCAAGUGGUCUUUUUCUUAACCAUGCUGUUUUUGGUUGUGUUGAAAGACAAAUUUGGCUUUUUUAAAAAAGAAAAAACAAAUAUUAACGAUUCAUUUGCUCUUUGCGUGUUCUCAUCCACAGUCAACUUGUUCAGAGCUUCUUCAAUUAGCAGCCAGCAUUCGGAGUGUCUCUUUUGAUGAUGGCAAGGAUAAAUGCACAAGUUCAGUACACCACUCAGAUUCGGAGUCCUCGACAACCCAAUCAAAAACCUCAGGAGAUCCGGGAGCUCAAGUAUGAUCAUGUACGAAGGCAGAUGGCCUUUAAGGUACGAUAUCGUAUGAUACUUCCACAGUGAUCUCUGAAGUUAUGCGCGCUUUUCUAUUUUGUCAAAUCAUUGGGAUUCAGAAGUUCAUGAAGAAUGGAAAAUUUAUGAGUUUGCUAGAGUUGCAUAUCUUCUACUCUUGGAAUGGAAACCAAUAAUUUUAUCGUAGUGUCUCAUACUAAACAUAACAUGUAUCUUGAGCAAUAGUUUUAUCCCAUUCUAGUUCUUAAUGUCC